ACGUCAGCUUCGCUUCCGUGUAGCAUUACGUUAGAUGGGAGAAUCUGCUCUGCAAAGACAAACAUAUGUAAAAUUAUUGAUCAGGGUUGUAUGAAUUUAUGGAAAUAUGUCGAAGAAGCGAGGCAGGAAACGGAGCAUUGGAGAGCUGAGUGAAAGCUCAGCAUCGACCUUAAGCCCAGACCCUGACAAUCUCCUGGGCCGCAGGAUCCAGCACACCUGGAGGGAGAAGGGAAACGUGACCAAGUGGAAAGGCACCGUUCUGGAGCGCCUAGCUGUGAACAGCUCCCUCUAUAUGGUCAAAUAUGACGGCUUCGAUUGUGUCUACGGCAUUGAGAUCUUCAAAGACAACCGGGUAUCUAACCUGCAGGUUUUGUCAGAGAAAGUCGUAAACAAUAAAAUUAAGGUUCCUCCUGGGGCAGAGGAGCUGGUGGGACGAGCAGUGGAGCAUCUGUUUGAGAAGGAGGAUGGGGAGAAAAAUGAGUGGCGAGGUAUGGUGUUGUCCCGAGCCCCCAUCAUGACCCACUGGUAUUAUAUCACCUACGAGAAGGACCCAGUGCUGUACAUGUACCAGCUUUGGGAUGAUUAUAAGGAUGGAGACCUGCGCGUCCUGCCGGAGUCAGAGAAUAAACAUCUGCUGCCUGCAGACAGGAAGCCGGGUGAAGAGCCAGAGAGCCUCGUGGGUAAACAGGUAGAGUACGUCACAGAUAACGGUCUGAAGAGGACGGGCUUGGUCAUCUACCAGGUCCCCGCCAAGCCCACUGUAUACUACAUAAAAUAUGACGAUGACGUCCACAUCCAUGUCUACGAUCUGGUGAAGUCCACCUAGUACUGACUGUCGAGUUUCAGCUUCAGAUAGUGGCUCAUAUUUGUUCUGACCAGUCGUUACCUGUUAAAGUGUUAAAGAUUUUAAAUUUCCUCCCGUGGGAGGCAAUGUGCCCAUCACCAAGAGCCCUCUCUUUUUUUUUUCCUGAUCAUUUUGGUUUGUUUUAUUUCUCUUGCCUCCGGGGGGUUCAUUCACUCUAGCAUAAGAAGACAUCAUCAUUUUUAUUUUUUUUAUUAUUCUCAGUUUCAAUUUUAACUUAAUAUAUGAAUAUUCAGUCUUCUUCCGCCUUUCUGAUUACGUGUCAGAAAGGUUGGCGUUCAUGUCAAGCUGUUUCAAACUGUGUUUGUUGCUGCGCACUAUUUAUGUGGUUCAAAUUGGCUACCCACACUGUUUCGUAUUUUGGACUGGCGUCUUCAUUUACCAAAAAAUAUAUAUAUAUUGUUCAUUGUGAUCCUAAAUAUGUUUUUUUUUUUUUUUUCUGUAAAUAUGAGACAUUUUUAUGAACAUAAAACAAAAGUGCGUGACAUUUA